AAGUUGUGAGACGGCUGAAACAGUUAAACGUGAGGCCCUGCAGGCAAGCAAGUGCUGAAGCCGCAGCUGGAUACCAACGAGGGCUGUUCUCAAUCAUUUAGUCCAUUAAAACAUACCAGCAUUUAUCAACUCAAGAUGCACUACCUGGGAAAGCGGCGGUUUCAAAGGACCUGAAGCCUGAUCUGUGUGUGAUUAGUUUCACUACCGUCUACAGCACGGUAUGAUUGGAAGACCCCUUCUGGCAUUUCUCACAUGCGCGCGUCUCUCUCAGUUUUCUAAAGUUAACUUGCUUUAGACAACAGCAUGAAAUGAAGCGAAGGAGAAUACCUGGAGCAAGAAACGUCGGAGAAUGAGCAGAGGAAUUCAUUCUGAGACGGCGAUGGCUUGCGAUGAUAAAAUAUGCACGUUUUAUUUGAAACAUAGAGAGAGCAGGCUGUUGGCUACAAUGGUUUAUUGCAGACUGUUGUUUUUUCUGGUUUGUAUCUGUCACGGAGACAGUUUUCCUAACCCCGGACAGGGCGAUGGCUUUGCUGUAGUCGGUGCUGAACAAGAUGAUGCCACAGAUUACCACCCGUGUACCCUGGAGCUUUGCCCAGUAGCUGUAGACUGCAGGGCUGGGCUCGUAUUGGACCGCUGUGGUUGUUGCAUGGAGUGCGGUAAUAUCGAGGCUCAGCCGUGUGAUUUGGACAGCACCAAUAGUUUUUACGGCCUUUGCGGGGACAACCUCGAGUGUAGGAUGGACAUCUCGGUCCUGGAGCACGGGGAGGUGCCCGAGCCGCAGUGUGUGUGUGUAUCUCAGGAGGCGGUGUGCGGGUCAGAUGGCAGGACCUACGAGAACGUCUGUAAAUUUAAAGAAGCGGCACUCGGGCAGACGAGCGUUGUCCGCACCGGGCCAUGUUUCACAGUGCCCCGUAUACAGCAUCCACCCCAGGACCAUGUGAACGUGACAGGCAGUGACAUCAUCUUCCUGUGUGAAGUCUUUGCGUUUCCCAUGGCCGUGAUAGAAUGGAGAAAGGAUGGCGACGACAGCAGUCUCCCUGGCGAUGAUCCUCACAUCUCUGUGCAGUCCAGGGGCGGUCCCAUGAAGUACGAGCUGUCAAGCUGGCUGCAGAUCGAAAGAGUUACAAAAGAAGACGCGGGCACUUACCGUUGUGUUGCGCGUAACAGACUGGGCUGGAUAACAGCCUCGGCUGUGCUGGCAGUCCUUGAGGAAGUCAUUGGCUGCUGCAGAUUGAUAUGCGUGACGAAUGAUGGCUGUUUAAUUCACAGUGGCCAGAAAGUUUCAAGAUGUUGCAUCUUCUAUUUCAUCUGCAAAUACAACAGAAGCGGUCAUCUCUGAUCACACAGAAGAUUACUAUGAUUAUUAGUAUAUUAAUGAAGAGUGACAUACAGCUACAAACCAUUCCUCAUUUUAACUUCAAUCAUAUAUAUAUAUAUAUAUGUAUAUAAACCCACAACAUUUUUCAAUAAGAAACACUGAGAUCAUAAACAUCAUAAAAGGUAAAGGGACAGGAAAAAGAUUAGAAAAUGUAUCUGAAGCUACUUAUUCUUUAAAACAGUGCUCUUUGUUUGCCAAGGCUAUAGAAAUCUAACAAUACAUACAAGUCUAUUUGGUGUACUGCUGUCUGUAACAUCUGAUAUGUACAACGCCAGUAAGGACACCAUUUGAAUGAUUAGAACAGCGGUGCUAUUUAGAUCACCCAUUGUUUAGAUCAGUUGAAUACAUCCCAAUAUAUUUUGUGGAGGAAAUAAUGUUGGGGUUUGGAAUAUUUGGAACCCACAACCCUAUACUGAAAAUACAGCUGAACCAAGUGUGCUAUUUUCACCUUUUUUGAUAUGUUGGAUUUGACAUCCAGUCAUCUCGUCGACACAGGGAAAAAUUUGGCAACCCGCUGACUUACAGUCAACAGCACAUGUUUUUAGUGUGCUCUGAAGUUUCUGAAUGCUCGGAAUGCUGUCAAAAGUAGAAAGAAGAAAAAAAAUCUGCUUCCCAUUAAGGGGACGGCAAUUACUCAUGACUUCUGCUGACAGAAAUACAUAAUUUAUGAUCUGGAAGCUUUGUAACAUGCGGACCAUUCUCAACGCUUUUUAAAAAUCUUUUUUUAACUUUUAUUUUAUCAUUCAAGGUGCGCACUGAUAAAAACAGACCACAUUCUGUUUAAACUGCUUUGUGCAUGAGGGCAGAGAUUUAUUUAUACAGCCAUUCACAGGAUGACAGCUCACAAUAAAAAACAAAUGAAAAGAAAAGAAAAAGUAGGGGGCUUACAACUGCAAAGGUGCAGGGACAUUUUCAAAAGACACAAAACUAUUUUAACAAAGUAAAACUAUCAAGGAAUUAUUGCUCAGAGCAAUAAUUUACCUGCUCAUUACUAAAACGGUCCCUAGGGGUUGCAAAACAGAGAAAAAAUACCAUAUUAACAAGCAUGUCAGUAAAAUACAUCCCCGCCACAGCUGGAAAUGAAAGAUUAGAGCUAUUAGUAUGGUGAAAAGGUUGAUGGCCAUGAUGUAUAUCAACAACAAGUACAGAACAGCAAAAACUAUAUAUAUUACAUAUAUCAACAGCAAAGUACAGAAUAGCAUAGACCAACAUAUCUAUAUGCACCAUCAUAUAUAUCCAUACAGAUGCACAAUGUAAUGAAUUGGCAUUAUUGAAUUGAAUAGAAAGACAAGAGCUGGACAUGAACCACAUAUCAUAGGGUUAAAAGACAGGUCUUACCAGAGAAAGCUCUGUAGUCAAAAGGCAAGUCUUAUGUUGAUAUCAGUAUUAAUUGAUCAGCUGAUAGGAAGAGAUUUAUUACAACAGACAGAGACACACCUCCACAUGUACACCCAAUUCCGAAAACAUACUACACAGUGUUUUAACAACUGGAUAGGUUGUUUUUUUUUCUCUAGAUUUAUGGAAAAAUGUAAAGUGAGACAUAAGGAUGGAGAACCAUUUAAUGUUUGGCGAGCAUUAUAACUCAAAUGCUGAGCAAAUGCUUUUUUCGUGCUCCGGAUGC